UGACAGGCACGCAGAGAAACGGGCUGCUGGUGGCGAAGAUGGCGGAUGGAGACAGCGGUAGUGAGCGCGGCGGUAGCAGCGGAGGGGGAGGUGGCGGCGGGUUUCAGCACUACCAGCGGGAGCCGGAGACCCAGGAGCUGGCCUCGAAGCGUCUGGACAUUCAGAACAAACGCUUCUACCUCGACGUGAAGCAGAACGCCAAAGGCCGCUUCAUCAAAAUCGCCGAGGUCGGCGCUGGCGGCUCCAAGAGUCGGCUGACCCUCUCCAUGUCGGUCGCGGCGGAGUUCCGCGACUACCUGGGGGAUUUCAUCGAGCACUACGCCCAGCUCGGGCCUAGCACUCCGGAGCAGAUCGCUCAGUCGUCCGGCGGGGACGACAGCGGGCCUCGACGGGCCCUGAAGAGCGAGUUCCUGGUGCGCGAGAACCGAAAAUACUACCUGGACCUGAAGGAGAACCAGCGGGGUCGGUUUCUGCGGAUCCGGCAGACCGUCAACAGAGGGCCCGGCUUCGGCGUCGGCGUGAGCGGCAUCCCCGGGGCCGGGCUCCAGGCAGGGCAGACCAUCGCUCUGCCGGCGCAGGGCUUAAUAGAGUUCCGUGACGCUCUGGCCAAGUUGAUAGACGACUACGGCGGGGACGAGGAGGAGCUGGCCGGCGGCGGAGGAGCCGGAGGCUACAGCGAGCUUCCGGAGGGCACCUCCAUCAUGGUGGACUCCAAGCGUUUCUUCUUCGACGUAGGCUCCAACAAGUACGGAGUGUUCCUGCGGGUGAGCGAGGUGAAGCCCAGCUACAGAAACUCUAUCACCAUCCCCUUCAAAGCCUGGAGCAAAUUCGGCGGCGCGUUCAGCCGCUACGCCGAGGAGAUGAAGGAGAUCCAGGAGCGGCACCGGGACAAGAUGUACGAGAGGAGAACCGGAGAGGAGUCCGAGGGCGACGACGUGGAUGAUGAUUGAUGGAGAAGGUGUUGUGAGGAAUGCAGAAAUAAAAUUUUAAAAUAUAUAUAUACAUAGCCGAGAAAAAGAGAGAGAGGAACGAUCAUUCUGUGCACGAAUCGAACUUUAAAAUUGCUAAAACAAAGGAGAAAACUUAAAAAGUAUAUAUAAUAAGAGAAUCAUGUUAUAAAGUUUAGGUGGAUGUUUAGCUAAAAGAGUGCGGACUGCAAUAGUCAGCUCCUGUAUGAGAUUCCCCCAUUGAUGAAAAUAUAUAUAUAUAUAUAUCCUAUAGAUAUUGAUUGUCCAUUUGAUAGCCUCACACACGCAGCCUAGAAAAUUAAUUUUUGUCAAUGCUCAAGUCGCCAGUGUCACUUCCUGAUUGCUAUCCAAUGGUAAAAACUCCCAUGGUGCUGACCUGUAGUCUGCACAUGAUGUUGUUAAGGAAGUGUAAACGUGAAGAUGACAGAGAGAUGCCUGCAUCGCUCACAAUGGCUGUGAGUGUGAGCGACAGGUAGACCAACAAACACCCAAAGCCACGGUCUCGGCUACAGGGGACAACUCGCUCGGUGACGUUCCACGCAGCGAUAUGUUACAAGCACACCACUCAUUUGGACUGUCUGGACAAAUCCAAAUGACACCCCGCUCCCGUGCACCUGACUGGUGCCAACACGAUGGCGUACAUGUGACAAGGCCUGCUCAAACAUGACUGGGACGCUGAGUCCCAUGUGCAUAUUAUUAUUUUAUUAUUCUUAUUUUUUGAGUGCAUCAGAAAAUGCCUGUUACAUUCUUACGGGGUUCUGGCUGCAGAUCUGAUAAGCAAUUUGCUGCAGUUGAGAUGUCUGUGGCAACUGAUGUCUCAUGUGAUGCAGUUCCACGUUUGACCUCCCUGUGACCUUUUGCCACAGGAGAAGCAGGGCGCUCAGGCCUCAAAGCACUAUUUAGAUUUUCUGAGUUCAAACUUCAAGUAUUGGCAAGCUUGAGUGAGGCAAGGGAACUGACCUUGCCAACCUAUUUGUCCUGCGUCAUGUGGAUCCUUUAAUCUUGAACUCAGACUAUUAAUGACUGAAGCAAUAUUCAGUCUGAUUGUAAAGGAAAUUGGGUGCUUUUUGAAAAAAAAACAAAACAGUGGGGUGCUGUACCUAAAGAAUAAUUAUAUAUGUACUGGAAGAGAUUUACUUACUAAAAAGCUCAAAUAUAGAUAGAAUUAUUUUUCAAAAGAGAUAUAUUGAAAAAUAAGACAUUUAUUAGAUAAUGAUGCCUAAAGUGGCUUAUUUAAAAAACAAAAAAAAACAAAAAAACACUAAACUUGGAUGCAGCUGUCCAGGGUGAUAUUUCAUACCUUUUUUCCAUAACAUUUCUUUUAUUCCUCAGAGGAAAUUAAGACGAUUACAGCAAAUUUAUAACACAUUAUCUUAUAGCAAUUUUUUAGACAACCUUGUUGAAGUAGUUUAUCAGCAAACACUCAGCACUCCAGUUCACUUUAGAGCAUCAAGCUGUGCCCUUAUUUCAGUCCACAGUUCAGCUUUUUUUUUUUGUUCUUUUUUUUUUUAUGAAAAAUGUUAAUUGGCUUUCCAUCAGUUGCCAUAUGACGCUAUCAUCAAUAUGUUCUCCUUUUAAAUAUUAUUUUCGCAUGUCUGUUCUUACACAGAAUUGUCUGGUGGAGUGUUUUUUUUUCUUCAUACUAUGAUUGCUGUAUGAUGGUAUUUAUCCGUUUUGAGAGCGGUUUCACAUUUUAUUCCUCAUUUGCAAUGGAAAAACAGUUUACU